GUCCUCGGUAUUCUCGUUUCCUCUGCACUGGCAGAUGUAUCUUGUGUAUUUCUCUAUUAGAAAGAAGUCGGAUACAGUGAUAUAAUACUAACUUUAUCUAGUGAGAUAAUUAAAAUUCAAUACGUACAAUCAUUAAUAUUAAUAAUAAUCGUGCUAAAAUCUAAUCGACCUUUCAAGAUUUUGCUGAGAAAUAGAAUAAGAUUAUUUUAUUUUAUUAUAUUUUGCAUAUGACACAUUUUAUGGCAAUUAAUACAAAAGCAAAGGUUAAUGUAGAAAUAUGACAUUUUUUAAUUAUUGAAAAUGUAAAACUUGUAUGAGUAAUUGUGGACACUAAAUUUGAUUAUCAAAUUAUUCGAAAGUAUAUUCUUACAUGAAGUAAUGAGUGGAAAAAUGUUUGCAUUUGUGUGUUCCGUGCUUCUCCUCGUCAUUUCGUUAUCAAAAUCGCAGCAAAAUUCCACCAACGAGGAUGAUAAUUUGACGAUACGAUACGAUAUAAAUACGGAUUCUACAACAAAUUAUAACGACGAAAUAAUAACCAUGCAACAUGAUUUGCAUAAAAAUUUGAUGAACAAUACACAAAAUGACGAAAUGCAGCAUGAAUUUCAUAUGAAUACUAAACGCGAGGAUUUGAUUGAACUUAAACUGAACAAGCAUUCAAUGCAGAAUAACGAUGAUGAGCAAAAAUCGAUGAAAUCGAACACAAAUUUGACAUAUGCCAAUCAUAAAAGGAAUUUCACGGCUGAGGAAGUUUAUGAAACUGUAAUUGAAAAGAAUGAUUCCAUGUCACUUGAAGUCUUCAAAAAUUUCAGCAAAGACGCUAAUGAAACUAUCAUCGUCCCAAACGAAAUGUGUCAGAAUGAUACUUGCAUUCAACUCUGCUGUUCUCUUGGUGAGCGUCUGGUUAAUGGCAACUGCAUUCCUGAAGAAAUUGAAUACGUUUUUCCAAACGUAUACACGAACGAUUCGACGCAGAGCGAAAAGAAAGUGAACGAAUUGUUUCAGCUGUCCAUUUAUGAUUCGUGCCAGGAAGGUAAACUGCUUCCCAGGAAUUUACAGUCCAAUUAUAAGAUUUUUACCAAUGGUUCUUUAUAUUUUACUUAUCCUGUAAUAAUAAUUGAAAAUAACGGUUCUUAUCAAAUAUCUAAAUCUGAAAUGCUUGUUGAACCGACAUCAUAUUGUCUCGCUGUCGUCGACAGAAGUGAAUUCCAAGUUUUCUUCUGUUUCAUAACUAUUAGCGAAACAAAUGACGCAACUAAUGAUGAUACUAAUGAGAUCAUGAAUACUAUUACAAACAAAGAUAUUAUGGAAAUAAGUGUCGAUAUAGCAUCUAUAUUACUUUUGGGAUCAGCAUUUCUGGUGUAUUCCAUAUUGCCAGAACUUCGAAAUAAACACGGCUUCAUGUUGCGCAAUUACAAUGGUUCCCUGACUGUUGUAUACGGAAUUCGCUUUGUGCAUUUUCUGAUCAAAUCGGAUAUACAGUAUCCCGUUUGCGUUACAAUAGCCUCUUUAGAAUACUUUUGCUAUAUGGCGAGUUUCUUUUGGUUAAAUGUAAUGAGCUUUGAUAUGUGGUGCACAUUCAGAGGAUUCAGUUCGUUACAAAAAAACGUCAGACAACGAGAAAAAAGAAAGUUGAUAUAUUAUACGAUCUUUGCGUGGGGAUGUCCCUUUAUGCUUGCUAUUUUAUGUGUCAGCAUGGAUAUUCUUUCUGCGUAUGUAAAUGUACCACCGAUUUUGCGACCGAAAUUUUAUUUAGGAAAUUGCUGGUUUUUUGGGAAUGGUCCGUAUUUGUUGUAUUAUUAUGUGCUCAGUAGUAUGUGCGUCAUCAAUAGCGUUUGUUUAUCUAUUUAUACGGCAAUAAAAAUUGAGCGUUUCAAAAAAGAAUCGGGUCCUUGUCUAAAAGAUUCGGAGAAUAAAUGCUUUAACGAUAAUAAAAAAUGGUUUAAUCUAUAUCUGCAGCUAUUUAUCGUGCUAUUUAUCUUAAUGGGCAUAGAAUGGCUAAUGAUAACAGCGUCAUUAGCUAAAAAUGUAUCAAUUUACUACCAUUUAUUUAUAUGGUAUGGUAUUAAUUUCCUAGCUAUUUUGCAGAGUCUAUGCGUCUUUAUUAUAUUUGUGUGUAAAAAAAGGAUCAAGCGCAUGUUAUUCAAGCGAUUCGGUAUCGGUUUGUCGCCAAAUGCUUGACACGGAUCGAAUGCAACAUUUUCGAUCAUUAUUACCACGUCAAAAGAAAUAGUCAUACAGGAGAAGAUGAGUUCUUCCGAACGAGCAAGUCACACUGAUUUAACCGACCUUUAAUUUUUAUUUGAAAAUGGAAAUCAUGUUUUUUUAUGUUGUUCUUUAUAGUUAAGAUUAAUAAUUGUAAUUCACACAUAUUUUUGAAUUUUGUAGCAAAAGCAUAUUAACUUGUAUCGUUUCUUUUUCAAAUUUAAAUGAAAUUAUGUUACAUUCCUUGACAUAAAU